AUGUCGGAGAGUCCUGAUAAAUCUCCUUCUCAAUCCUCCACCCCUUCACAACGGCAUGAUUCUCCAGGCACGUCGGCUCUAUCUAGGUCUCCAGCAGCAGGGUCUCUCCCGCGACAUAUUGCAACCGCCCGACUUGCUUCACCAGUCCCAUCACCAUUUGAUGGCCAGGGCGCACCCUCUCGACCAAUCCAGCCCUCAAAUCCCCCUUCAAAUAGGUUACUCUCCCUUGCUUCAGUGGAUAAUACAGCAUCCCUCCCAGGUCCUGGUCCCUCUGCCCUAGCAUCAGCACUGCAACGGGAUCCCAUACAGAGUCGUGCCUCCGGGAACACACCUCCCUUAACACACGGUGAUUUAUCCGCGUUGACCCCCGCGAAGUCAACCUAUGGCUCGUUUGAUGCUCGAUCGGGCAGAGACUGUGGGCUGGAUCAGGGCGGUGGGACGGUGGAGAACCCGGAUAUUGUGAGGAGGUAUUUGGUUCAGCCGCAGCAGGAUUCAGAUAUCCAUGCUUCAGGGGCAGAUUCAAACUCGUCGAGAAAUGGGGGAGCAGAUGAGGAGUUUUCCAGUCUACAGCUUCAAGGGGGUGAUAUCACGAGACCUAUUUAUAGAUGGGCAGAUGAAUCAGCUGGGCAUGGGAUCAGUCGUAGGAAAAGCUUUGUUGUACCUCGACCGGAACCGGAGAGUGAGGUUAUGGAUAUCAAUUCUAUUAAGGUGCCUGGUGGAUUCCGGAGAGACUUUCUCCGACGAACGGCUGCUCCUCAGGAAUUAGAUGGCACACAUGCCUCUGAUGAGGGUGAACAAAACCAUGGCAGACCAGUUCUCCUAACAAACAAUUUUUUGGAGUUUCUAACUCUCUAUGGCCAUUUCGCUGGAGAGGAGCUGGAAGAGGACGAUGAGGCCCUUGAGCCUGAUGAGUACUUUGCCCCUGACAUAUGGAAUGGCCGGGAAUCCAUGACGGAUGAGCAAAGGCGAUUAUUAGAGGAAGAGGCUCCUCUUCUUGGAGAAGAAACCCCAGGAAAACGUCGCAAGCAUCAUAAAGAUCGAGCCCACCCGGCUAACACCACCUCAACCGGAGCAAUACUCCUCCUUUUGAAAUCAUUUGUCGGCACGGGUGUGCUCUUCCUCCCAAGAGCAUUCAUGAAUGGAGGAAUGCUAUUCAGCUCUAUCGUGCUGGUUUCAGUGUCUCUUCUAAGCUAUUACUGUUUUAUCCUUCUUGUCAAUACCCGGAUGAAAAUACAUGGCUCAUUUGGUGACAUUGGCGGCGUCUUGUACGGUAAACAUAUGCGAUGGAUCAUCCUGGGUUCCAUCGUCCUCAGCCAGCUCGGUUUCGUGUCUGCGUAUAUUGUCUUCGUCUCUACGAACCUUCAAGCUGCAAAAACUUUCCUCGACAUCAAGUUCAUGAUCUUGAUGCAGCUGGUGGUUUUCCUACCGUUUUCCUUCAUCCGCGACAUCAGCAAACUGGGUUUCACAGCCCUAAUUGCAGAUGUUUUCAUCCUCCUUGGCAUCAUAUAUCUCUACAUUUACGGCUUUGAGACGAUUAUCGAUAACGGUGGCGUGUCCGACAUCAAACCGUUUAACCCAGUCAGCUGGACCCUUUUCAUCGGAACGGCCAUUUUCACAUACGAAGGAAUCGGCCUAAUCAUACCCAUCCAAGAAUCGAUGAAGAAACCCCAGAAGUUUCCCGGCGUUUUAGCCCUGGUGAUGAUUUUGAUAACCACCGUCUUUCUCUCAAUGGGCAUACUGGGAUACGCCGCCUUCGGCUCCAAGACCGAAACUGUCGUCCUUCUCAACCUGCCUCAAGGUAACAAGAUGGUCAAUGGGAUUCAAUUCUUGUAUUCCAUUGCUAUUCUCCUCAGUACACCACUCCAACUCUUUCCAGCCAUCCGCAUCUUAGAAAAUGAGCUGUUCACCCGCAGUGGCAAAUAUAAUCCAGGCAUUAAAUGGAAAAAGAACGGUUUUAGAUCCUUUCUAGUUGUAUUAUGCGCCCUUGUGGCAUGGGGCGGCGCAGCAGAUCUCGACAAGUUCGUUGCGCUUGUUGGUAGCUUUGCCUGCGUGCCGCUCGUUUAUGUCUACCCUCCAAUGCUCCACCUCAAAGCAGUCUCGAGAACCAAAUUCCAAAAAUUCGCAGAUAUAGGCCUCGCAGUCUUCGGCGUGAUCGGAUGCUUAUACACCACUAUCCUAACCAUUUCAAACUGGGCCACCAGCGAAUCUUCCGGACCUCCUCAGGUUUGUUCCAGCUGA